AUGGAUUUCGUCAACGCCACGGCCAGUACUUUCAACCAGACUCAGGACUACUUCGGUGUCCUUGAGGAGGUGUCCAAGUACAAUGUCCACCUCAACUAUUUCGAGAAGCUUUGGGCUGCUUGGUACAUGUACAUGCAGAACGACACGUUGGCGACCGGUAUCAUGAGCUUCUUGAUGCACGAGAUCGUCUACUUUGGCCGCUGCAUCCCCUUCAUGAUCAUGGACAAGAUCCCCUACUUCCACCAGUACAAGAUCCAGCCCCAGAAGAUGCCCACUCUGAAGGAGCAGUGGGACUGCGCUGCCAUCGUCCUCAUCAGCCACUUCACCGCCGAGCUUCCUCAGAUCUGGUUCUUUCACCCCAUCGCGACCUACUUCGGAAUUGACUACGGUGUACCUUUCCCAUCGCUCCUCAAGAUGGCCGUCACGAUCAGCGUUCUCUUCGUCAUGGAGGAUACCUGGCACUACUGGUUCCACCGCUGCCUGCACUACGGUCCCCUGUACAAGGCAAUCCACAAGAUGCAUCACACCUACUCUGCUCCUUUCGGUCUCGCCGCCGAGUACGCAUCGCCCAUCGAGACCAUGCUUCUCGGUCUCGGAGUCGUUGGGUCCCCCGUCCUGUACCUCAAGAUCACCGGCGAUCUACACCUCUUGACCAUGUACGUUUGGAUCACGCUCCGUUUGUUCCAGGCUAUCGAUGCGCACUCGGGCUACGACUUCCCCUGGAGCUUGCGCCAUUUCCUCCCUGUCUGGGCUGGCGCCGACCACCACGAUGAGCAUCACGAGAGGUUCAUUGGCAACUACGCCUCCAGCUUCCGCUGGUGGGACUACAUGCUGGACACCGAGGCUGGUCCUGAGGCACACAGGAAGCGUCGCGAGAAGAAGCUCGCCAAGCUCAGGUCUCAGAAGGCCCAGUAA